GGUGGCUCCAUCUGCAGGACACGGACCCAGCCGGGAGCCCCGGUGCGGAGGUUCCCCACCGCCCCCGCCCGCCGCCAGCCGCUUUGCAUGCGGGGCGCAGCGGUGGGGGACAGCGGACAAGGACACCCGCUCCUCCGGCUCCCACCCACGCCGCUCCUGCGGAGCGGGGCUGGGGGCAGCGCUGUCGCAGCCAGCUCCCUGCCGUCCCCGCACCCCUGCACCACCCAGCGCACCCCACGCCCGGGCAUCCCGCCCGAAGGCCCCGCACCCCUACAGCACCCUGCACCCGCUGCGCCUGCACCCCUCAAGUGCUCCCACCAGGUAUCCCCGGUGCCUGGGCACCCCCUCCCCAAAGGUGACCCCCCCACCCUGCCCCGGGCUCUCGCCCUGAACCCCCGCAGCCAGCACUGCCGCCCCGCACCCGGGGCACCCCGCGCCCGAGGCUCCCGGAGGGCUCCCCCGCGCCGGCAACCGUCGGGGCGGCGGGUCGGGCUCCGGUGGCGGCUAGAGGCGGAGGCGGAGCCGGGACGGGCUCCACCCCGGCCCCCGGCCCACAUAGGCCGGCCGGGAGGGCCCCUCGCCCCCGGAGCCUGCGCCGUCCCGGGUGCGCGCGGCGGGCCCCGGCGGCGGGCGUUGGGGGUGCCCGGGAGGGGUGGGAAGCGGGGGGACCGUCCCGCCUGGCUGCGGGGGUCCCAUCCUGUCCCACGGCGGCGGGAUGCUACGGCAGCGCUGCGGGCGGCUCCUGGCCCGGCUGGAGCGGGCGCUGCAGCUGCUGGAGCUCGGCGGCGGCGCGGAGGAAGGUGGGUGCGCGCAGCCUCUCGGCCCGGGCACCCCGAGCACCCCCGCAAUGCUGCCCGUGGGGGCUGGGGGAGCGGGGGGCUGGCUCCCGGCCCGCCUGGCCACCCACUCGUGCUGUCCCCAGACUACAUCCAGAUUGCUCAGUGCUUCGAGGCGACGCGCCAGCGAUGCUGCUGCUUGGAGCAGGACGGGCGGCGGGCCCGCGAGCAGCUGGCGCGGGUGGAGGCCGAGCGGGCGGCGCUGGAGGUGAAGCUCAAGCACGCCCGCAAGCAGGUGGAGGUGGAGAUGAAGAAGCGGCACCGUGCGGAGGCUGAGCUGGAGAAGCAGGAGCGCAAACUUCAGCUGGUCUUUGAGAUCCUGAUGCGGGAGCCAUGGGGCAGCGGGGUGCUGAGUGGGGAGCAGUGCUCUGUCCUCAGCACCCUGGCCGGCCGGUGCCUCGGGGUGGCCCUAGCACAGGGCAGGAGGUCAUCUGUAGUGGAUGAGUCGUGCCAGUCCCUCCUGUCCCACUCGGACAUCAGCUAUGACUGCACUGAGGAUGAUGUGGGUGUUGAUAUGACGGUGGUGCGGACCCUGAAGCGCAAAGCCCAGGAGAGGCAGCGUGUGUCCCUGGCCCCUCAGAUUGGCCCUGUAGUGGUGGCAAAGCGGCACCGUUCUUCUGUGGCACCCCACAACACUCAGGUGAGUGUACCCCCCGUGCCCCCUCCUGCCGAGGUCCCUGCUGACAGCCUCCUGCCUGCUGCUCCGCUGCCAUGCCGCCGCUCUCGCCAGGGACAUCGUGUCUCCACACAUGCAGAGCUGACCACUGUGUGGGACACCAGCAAGGAUCCGGGCUGCCGUGCCCUGGGGCGGGAGAGCCAUGCCAAAGGCAGCUCUGUGGGACAGCCAGUGCCAGCCUCGUUCCCCUUACCUCCACAGGGCCUCCCGCCACCCCAGCACCAAUUCACCUCCAAAACGGUGAUCCGUCCGGAGCCAUGUGGUGUCUGUGGCUCCCGUAUCCGCUUUGGUAGGGCUGUCAUCAAGUGCCGCCAGUGCCAGCUGCUGCUGCACCCCAAGUGCCGGGAGCAGUGCCCCAUCGCCUGCAUGCCCCAGCCUUACCGCCACGCCUGGCCCUGUGAGGGUGUGCUGGCAGACUUUGCCCCCCUGACACCACCCCUGGUGCCCACGCUGGUGGUGCAGUGUGUGACUGAGGUGGAGACGCGAGGCUUGACAGAGACAGGGCUGUACCGGGUGCCAGGCGCAGAGCAGCAGGUGCGGGAGUGGAAGCGGAGGCUGCUGCGAGCUGGGGGCACGCUGCCUGCCCUCAGCAGCGUGGCUGACAUCCACGUGGUAUGCGGGGUGCUCAAGGACUUUCUGCGGGGGCUCAAGGAGCCACUGGUCACCUUCAGCCUCCAUCCUGCCUUCCUUCAGGCUGCUGACAUCCCGGAUGAUGCUGCCUGUGGCACAGCCCUGCGCCACGUGGUGAGCAAGCUGCCCCCAGCCAACAGGGACACCCUGGCUUUCCUCAUGCUGCACCUGCUCAGGGUGUCACACAGCCCUGACUGCAAGAUGGACGUGCUCAACCUGUCCCGUGUGUUUGGUCCCACACUGGUGGGACAUGGCUCAGCCAACCCCACACCACUCGCCAUCAUGGAGGACACACCGCGGCAGUGCAAGGUGGUGGCUCGGCUCCUCGCUCUACCACCCGACUUCUGGAGAGGCUUUGUGGGGAUGGAGAAGGAGAACCCUGUGCAGACGCUAGUGCCGGGGGACGAUCGUGAGCCAUUCUGCCCCACCACUGCCUCUGAGCCCAAGCCAGGCCAGCUGAGCCCAGCCAGCACCUGCUGCCUCCCUGGCACCCUACGGAGCUGCAUGGGCACGGCCGUCCAGCCCCAGCAGGGGCCAGCCCCGAAGAAGGUGGGCCGGUUCUUCCCUUCUCUGGUGUAGCCUGCAGCAGUGGCUCCCUGGGGGCGUGGAGCUGGCACCAGAGGAGCGAAGCCUGCAGGACCAGGUAGCUAGCUGCCUGUGGACUGGUGGUGCUGAGCUCCAGGCCCUGCUUUGCUUCCCCAGUGAUGGUGGAGCAGGGCUGUCUCUGCCCAGCCGCCGCAGUGGCGACACUGCAUUGUACUUACAGCCUGGUUUGUAUUAAAUGUUUGCAGUAAACCAAGCCUGGCUGUGGCUGCUGUCUGUCCCCCCCUCCUGCUGCCAGGUGCCAGGUUUUGGGGCUCACUGGCAUGAUGAAGCCUGGCUGGGCAGCA